AUGUACAACCGUGUGGUGGAGAUCGUGAGAGAACAGAACGUGGCCCUGAUCCGCGCAGAGAUCAGAGAGGUCCUUCGAGACGUGUUCAACUCGCAAGGACUGAAGGUCCCAAACAACGCCUCAAUGUUGCAAGGCCAGGGUGACGGCGGUCCUGCAGUGGGACCUACCGAGCGGCAACCAACGUCGGUGCCCUGCCCGAACGUGCCGCAGAAGCCGCACGUUGCCGCAGGAUCUUCACGGCCAUCGGACAUCUGGGACGCGGCUGCAGGGAAACGAGAAGUUCAGCCGCCACCUGGUUUCAACAUACCUCCGCAUCCCGUUCCACCAAGGCACCACCAGUGACAGUCGGUUCUACUUGGCAGACGUCGAAUGUUUCACAGCAGCCAAGCACCUCCUGGUGCACAUCCGCGAGCCAGUUUGAAGGGCAACCACAAGCCAGUUCCAACGUGAAUCCCACUUUCAUUCCGCCAGAAGCACCGCCGCCGGCGACCAUCCAUUCCUCUUGGCAGCCUUCUAACAUGCCGCAGCAGCCCGAGGUUGCUGCAGAUGCUCCUCCCACCUGGGUGUCACAGCAAACGUGGCGCAUGGACACAGAACAGCACUGGAGGAGGGCAACCGUCCGGCUUCGACGUCGCUACGGCUUCCGUUCUGCCGGAAACGCCGCCGGCGACUGCACAGCUCGAGGACAAUGCCCACGGCAGCCGAUGGAAGAUGCAGCAGAACGUGAGCACGUUCCAGGGACACGAAGGUAACCCGCAGGACAUGCAGGAUUUGGGCAUUUCGUUUGACGAUUCGCUGGCGGAGGGCGAUGAGCUGUCGGAAGACGACAUUCGGCAGCUUGGCUUGUUCGGCACGCAUCAUGGGGACGAAGGAGCUGCUCUCUCGUCUUUGGAGAUCAAGAUACCGAAUCUCUGAAGCCUACUGAUGGGUGGUCAUUGUGAGCACAGGAAACCAAGCUAGCAAAUAAUAGUGUGUGCAUGUGACCGAGCCAGCAGUAAUGACGCAAACUCUGUUCUCAUGCGGGAUAUCUCAACUGA